AUGCUCGCCUCUACUAAAACCAUUCCGCCUGUGGCUUCGACAGCUCUCUAUUUCGAACCUUUGCAUGAUCGCCCUACCCUCGGCAAACCUGAUCAGCGCGCGUUCAAAAAGCACAAAGUACUCCCACGCCCGAGAGAUGAUCAGUCAGAAGUGACAGAUACAAAUCGAUUUUCCGAGGAUCUGUCUAUCGAUGCAACAUCAUCUCCAGACUCUCAGAUGACAAGAAAAGCACCUACCACUCCGCCAAACCCACGACACGACGAUAGCCCCAACGUCAAAGCGCCUGGCCCUGCUCUUCCACCUACCCCACCGGCGCAUUCUCGCACGUCAUCCGGUAGCCAUUCGAUCCGACCCUCUAGUCCGACAUAUGUUAGCACUCCGGUCCAGAUUAUUGCAAACGAUUCCGUGAACACGACGCCGAGAACACCACCGCACCAAGCGAGCCCGCCUACUCCAGAUGCCACCCCCCCGCAGCCCGAGCGCCAACCGAGAAUUGCCCGUCCUGUUCUAACAGAUCGGAUUCCGUCCAAGGCGACAACUGAUUCUCGUACAAAUUCGUUCAGGACAGCACGCGAAAACCUAGAUUCAUCAGAGGAGGAUGACAAGCUGUCAACUCCUCGGCCACCAUUGGCUUCUAGGAGAACAAAUUCUGGCCGGACAUCUCAGAGCGUAGGGAGACAGAUCUUUGUCGUGAAACAAAGGAAAGCGCCGGAUGUAGGACUUGGGUUGGGCAUUGAGCCGGAUGACGAUUUUACACCUAAGACGAGGCGAGAAUUUUCAGCUUUUGACGGUGAAUGGGGCUCUGCUAGCAAGGCGGAUCAAGAAUGGGACCGUAAAUACGAAAGGAAUGUCAGGGUGGAGAAGCAACGUGGCCAACCAAAAAUCAAUGGUCAAAAAGAAGAAGUGGUCGAGGAUGUGACAAUCACUCCCACCAACGCAACAAAGGCUUUACGAUCCAUGCCCCUGUCAGAUCGACUACACUUGCAUCCCUCACCACCUCCGGAAUCCGCCAACAGGGAUAAACGCUGGGCCGCGCCGUCUACUUCCGAGUCUUCGGCUGGUACUGACGUUAAGCGGUCCUCCGGUAUGUCCUCAAAGUCUACUGUUUCUACGGUUGUGGAGGCUAUUCUAGUUGGAACGCCUCCCCAGAGGCAGAAAACGUUGCGUCAUGUCAGGAAGCAAACAGCUCUUAGAGAUUCUGGCUCUGAGAUAUCACCUUCAAGCUCGUCGGCAAACACAUCCUUUCGUCAAACGGAAAAUAUUCAACGCGCCAGGGUUCCCAGAAGGAGGGUCGAUGACACUGUCCGAACGGAGAGUUAUGCAUCCAGCGGGACAGCCCAUUCCAUUGUAAGCCGAAAAGCUCGGCGAGAAGUAUGGAAGAGCGGUGGGAUUCCCGUGGUAGUCAUUCCUGAUCGAAGAGCCUCCAUGAAAGGCCCUGGAGUACCAUCACUCAGAUCGACAAGCAGCCAUCAUUCCAAAAGAAGCAAUAGUCUCGUUUCGGCUCCGUUAUCAAGUCAUUCUAAAGUGAAGGAUCUAACGCCUUAUUUUAAUAAACCAUCUCGGAGAGUUAGGUCAAUGUCAGAAUCAGAGAGAUCGGUGAUGGUGGUAGAUGAGCUUACGAUGGACUAUCCCCCAAUUGUUCCUAUGCGCAGAUCCUCCCUUUCAGCGCCAACAAGCAGAAAUGGCUCUAGAACUGGGUCUCGAGCUGGGUCACUGACUACAGAGAGCCUGAAAGCACAUAACACUUUUCUAGAGCAAGAAACCAAAAAACAGCAACACCAACCACCACAGGUUACUGUGAAACAUGCUCCUCCCGUCGAGUAUAUGAAUACUUAUCCCGAUCAGAGACAUCUUCAACCGGCCCCAUCCGUCGAGUCGCACAGAGAUGUUCUCCAGGACCACAGGCCACUUGUGGAUAACAACGGGGACCCCUUCUUUGGCAAACGGCUUACAGCGCACAACACCCCGUUUUCACAAGCAUCCGUCGAAACAAACGGGACUCACUCUGCGGCAGAUAUUUCGGAAGCAAUGGCGGUCAACAUUUAUCCACACCAAAAUAAAUCCGUUUUGAUGGUUCAUCAUAUGUCGAAACCCGUCGACCCUGUCGCUGCCGCAAACGCCCUGUUAAAUCCGGAUGCGUUCCAGACGGGAGACGCUACAGAAACAGGCAAAAUCAUAGACAAUCCUAAGAUUACGGCAAGUGGGCCAGAUGGUGCUCCCGUGACACCUCCCCAACCACAAUUUUCUAUGGACGAUGUAGACUCUCCUUUAAGGAACCCGCGUGCUCCUCCCGAACCGCCCGUGAUCAAGUUCAUUCCAGCGACGCCGUCUGGGCUUACUCCUGCUGGUGAAAAGGACAAGAUGGUUGGAAACUAUUUUGAAGAAACCCAAAAGCGGCCUUCUCUGGUGCGUCGAGCUUUCAGCCUUCGCAAGAGCACAGAUAAUAUUCGUCCCUCUGGAAUCCUGUCACGAACUCUGUCUCUUUCAAAGGGGAUCCGAAAAGAGGCCGCCAAGAAUUCGGCGCAGGAUAAGAGCAAGAGUACGCAAUUGCCACGGUAUCCGACAGCUGACGAUCCGCCGGCUGAUGAUUCGAAAUUACAUCCAUACUGGGAGCCCGCCUUCGAAGAUGACCCAGACGAGGAGGGUCACUGGGUUCAUGAUGUUCCUCCAGAAGUGGAUGGAAUAUACCGAUAUCCACCAGCCGACGAUUACCAUAUUUCCCGACGCAGAAGUAUAAGCGAGCGAAUGAAGCGUACUUUUGCUAUAUUGCCCAUUGAUGAUGAGAAUCAUUAUAUAGCUUCCGGCCAGCGCAGCCCUGAGCGACGCACCCUCAGACGCACGCCAAGUGGUAGACUUCGAAUGACGAAGUAUCGUGAUAGUUAUAGCAGCCUUGAUUGGAAUGUUCAUCGGCGCUCUCGCGAGUAUGAUUCCGAGGGAAGGCCAUCUACUGCACCCGAUGAACCUGAUCGACGCAUGUGGCAGGACGAGAAACGUGUGGACGACCGAGGACACAGGCUAUUCCCCAGCUGGCAGGAUAAACUCGAGCAAUACCGGCCACAAAAUCUACAGCGUCGACUCAGCGAACAUCGCCGUCAAAAGCGCACCGAAGCCCUCCGGCAGAAGAUCAGCAAUCCACGCGAGGUGCGAGAUGGUGUAGGCGAGGUUAUUAAACGCAACAGUUAUAAGGGCCCCUCGUACCAGACCGCAUCACACGUACGUUCCGAUCGAGAUCUUAAAACACGUCGCCAGCAAUCAGGGGUCCCAUCACGCAGAGACCCCAUCCGGAUCUAG